AUGUCUUUCAAGGAGGCCAAGCCUGGGGAGAGAAGCAAGAACCCAGAGGACCAUGGCAGAAAGCCGCCUGCAAGCUGGAUCAACGGCAUGGAGGCUGGCAACCAACCGAGCACCUCGGCCGACAAGAGGAAUCACCAUUGGAGGAGUUACAAGUUGAUUAUUGACCCGGCUCUCAAGAAAGGGCAGCACAAACUCUACCGUUACGAUGGACUCCACUUCAGCAUGCCUAACUCUGGAGUACCCCCAGUGGAUUCAUUGAGGGACCCCCGGAUCGGACGGAUAUGGACCAAAACUAAAGAGCUAGACUUACCUGUCCCUAAACUCAAGAUUGAUGAGUUUUAUGUGGGUCCUGUCCCUCCAAAACAAGUUACUUUUGCAAAACUCAACGAUAACAUCAGAGAGAACUUUUUGAGUGACAUGUGCAAGAAGUAUGGGGAGGUUGAAGAAGUGGAGAUUUUGUAUAAUCCUAAAAAUAAGAAGCACCUGGGGAUUGCCAAAGUAAUAUUUGCCACCGUGAAAGGUGCCAGGGAUGCAGUGAAACAUUUGCACAACACUUCCGUGAUGGGAAACAUCAUGCACGUGGAACUGGAUACUAAAGGAGAAACACGCAUGAGAUUUUAUCAACUGUUAGUUAAUGGUCUCUACACACCGCAGACCCUUCCAGUUGGUGGUGAAUUGGAUGUUUCCCCGACUGUGAAUGAAACGCCACAGGUGAAUGAAUCCUCGAAACGGACAAAAGAGACUGGUGCAGGGGCGCCUGUUACUCCGAAUAGCAGUACCCCAUUUUCACAUGAUACAGCUUAUUCAAGCUGUCGACAAGACACCCCCAACUCCUUUAGCCAGUAUACACCACAAUCGCAAGGGACCCCUCACACACCCCGUCUAGGAACACCGUUCUCUCAAGACUCUAACUAUUCCAGUCGGCAAGCCACACCAGCUUUUCAUUUUGGACAAGACUCUAGCUACAAACCUAGGAGGCCUGAAAAUAAAUUUCCAGAUGCUUACAAUCGAAGGCCAGGGCACCCCUAUGUUCAUAACUCUAGUUUGUUUAGGGGCUCUGAACACAGCUUUAACACUGCUAGAUCCCAGCCAGAGACAUUGCCGUUUUCACACACAUCACCGUUGAACCAAUCUGGUGUGAAUUAUAAGUCUGCAUUUUCUCCUUAUCAAGCAACAACAGCAUAUUCCCAAGCUGAUGAGAACUCGUUCCCACAAACCUCAAGGGAUAUAGAGUAUAGGAGAACAGCACCCCCACCUACAGACACCUAUUCAGAUAGUGGAUGUAGUUCUGUAAAUAUCGACUUUAUUCCAGUUAAAGAAAAACCAGAUGAACCCCCUCUUCCGGAACCGGAGUGCCCCACAGAACAGAAAGUAGCCUCUUGUGCACGGACGCCAGAAAGAUGUGUAACCCCAGGAACGCCAACUCUGGAGGAUGAAAUGAUGCACAACAGUUUAGAUUCUCGUAUUGAAAUGCUUUUAAAAGAGCAAAGAACCAAGUUACCUUUCCUCCAUGAACAGAGCUCAGAUAAUGAAUUGAGGAUGGAAGGGAGUCCUAUAUCCUCUUCUUCCUCACAGCUUUCACCAAUCCCUCCGUAUAGUGCAAACUCCCAUUACCAAGAUGUCACUCCUUCCUCUCGACCCUCAAGCACAGGACUUGAGGACAUCAGCCCCACCCCUUUACCUGACUCGGACGAUGAUGAGUCUAUUCCUGGCACAGCAUCCCUUUGCCAGAACUCUAGGUCAACAACUCCCAUUGAGCAGCCUAGUCAACCUGGGAGGAAAAUGGAGAGCUCAGAUGUGAAGGAACAAUUAACAGGAGAUGAGACUCCAACAUCUGAGAAGAUGGAUGAGGUUCAUCCUUCUUCUGGAGAAGAUAUGGAGAUUUCUGAUGAUGAAAUGAAUGCCUCUCCUAUCACCAGUGAAGAAUGUGCCAAAUCAAUAGUCAUGAACUCUGCUGUUAGCAAUUCAUCAGUCAUGACACCUGUCAUUCCAAUACCACCUCCAGGUUUUCCUCCGAUUCCUCCUCCACCACCUCCACCACAAUCAGGUUUUCCCAUGCCGCCACCUCUUCCUCCUCCCCCACCCCCAACCCACCCUUCUGUCACUGUACCACCUCCUCCAUUACCUGCCCCACCUGGGGUACCUCCACCACCACCACCUCCCCCUCCACCUCCCCAUAUAUUGCAUCCUCCACCACCCUACCAUCAAGGUAUGUUUCCCUUGAUGCAAGGGGAAAUGAUCAGUGCCCUAGGUUCCCACUGGGGUGGAAUGCCAAUGUCCUUCCAAAUGCAGACUCAAAUGCUUAGCCGUAUGAUGCAAGGGCAAAGUUCUUUCUCCUACCACCAUGUUAUGGAAACUUCAAUUCCAUUUGGUAACCAGCAUCAAUACCGCCCUUUCACCAUAUCUUCACAUCCAUCCCAAGGGCAUACAUGGCAACCCUUCCCAAAGUUUGACCCAUCUGUGCCACCACCAGGCUACGAGCCCAAAAAAGAAGAUCCUCACAAAGCCACUGUGGAUGGCGUUCUGCAGGUCAUUGUAAAAGAACUAAAAGCCAUAAUGAAAAGAGACCUGAACCGGAAGAUGGUUGAGAUGGUGGCUUUCCGGGCAUUUGAUGAGUGGUGGGAAAAGAAGGAGCGGUUAGCUAAGCAGUCUUUAACGCCAGUGAAAACUGGGGAGAGCAAAGAUGAAGAGAAACCAAAGCCAAGGGACCCAAUAACUUCAAGCCUUCUUGAAGGCUGGAACAAAGGAGAAGGUCUAGGAUAUGAUGGCAUUGGAUUGGGCAUUGGACUGCGUGGGGCAAUUAGGUUGCCCUCAUUUAAGGUUAAGCGGAAAGCUCCUCCUGAGACUGCACUUGCUGGCGAUCAGAAGAGAAUCCGUCCAUCACCUUCUGUGGAUGACGAUGAUGAAGAAUCUGAACGAGACAAAGAUAUGUUGGGCACUACAUCUAAUUUAGUUAAGAAAGACACAGACGCAGUGAGCAUUCGAAGAAAAGUCAGCAAAGGCGAGGGGGAAGAGGAGGGGGAAAGUGAUGUGGAAGAAGACGAGACUUCAGUGAAAGAGGAAGACUUGUCUUCUGAAAAAGAUGAGCAAGAAGAUGAUUUUGUUGACACUUUGUCCAGUAAACAGCAGCCGUUCAUUGAUGAGGACGAUGAGGAUGCAGAUGAGGAAGAAGACUUAGAAGCCAGCGAAAAAGAAGAGGAACCAGACUCUGAAGAAGAAGAAACCACCAGUGUGGCCUCCUCAAAAGGUGAAGUGGACUCAUCAGAUGAAAGUGACGACUCUGAAUGUGUAUCCAGUUCAGAUUCAGAUUCUGAUGAUGAUGAUGAUGAAGAUGAAGAUGAGGAGGAAGAUGGGGAAGAAGUAGAGUAUGAUAGCCAAGAAGAAGAUGUCGAUGUAGAUGGAGAAUAUGAAGACAGUGAAAAAGAAGAAAUUCUUUUAAGAGGUGUAAUUUCUGAGCAUAGCAGUCCAGCAAAAACUGAAGUAGAGGAGGAACUCAAAGUUGAAGAAGAAGAGGCAGAGGAUAAUCUUGUGACGGAAACAGUAGAUGAGGGGUCUCUUCUGCAAAAGGAAAGACUUGAAUCACCAGAGGUGGAAGACCAUGAAUUGGAUACCAUUAAUUUUGUGGAAAAGGCUCCUGAAAUACCACUGGCUGUGGACAUUAAUGAAGAAUUACAAAAAGCUCCAUCACCACCAAAUGAAGAGGAAGAAUAUGUACUACAGCUGGAGCCUGUGCCUUUUGUUUUAGAGAGCCCAAAUACAGAGGCUCAAGAGGCUGUGAUUGUUCGUCCUUUAACACCAACUGGAGCUUUUGGGGAGCCGGGUGUCAUACUGAAACCUGAAGAGCUUACCUCAGAUAGUAGGCCUCAUGUGAAAUUAACACCAAUCACUCCAGAAGAUGAGGAACUUUGCCCUCGGACACCUGGAAGAGAACCGGCAGCUCAUUCAGAUUCUGAGGCCUCUUAUCAAGUUUUACCUAAUGUGGCCCUUUCUACACUUCCUCCUUUCCAGAGCCUCAGUAAGGAAGAGGAACCGCUGCUUAAUGAAAAGAUGUGUGCAAACUUGGCAGUGACUAAAAUGCUGUCAGAAGAAGAACUUCCUCGAACUCCUGGUAGAGAUAUUCCAAUAAAAUCAGCCCACCUUGGGAAGUCCCAAAGCACUGAAACUGUCCCUGCUACACCAGGUAGUGAUGCUCCUCUCACAGGUAAUAGCUUGACAUUAAUAUCUCCCCACAUUCCUGGAAGCCCAUUUUCAUACAUUAAUCAGUCUCCCGGGAUAAUUAACAGUGGUAUUCCAAGGACUCCAGGAAGAGAUUUUAACUUUACACCUACUUUCCCAGAUUCAAAUGCGACCUUCCCUUGUCAGUCAUCCAGCAAGAAACCAUCUGUAGAUGAACCAGAUGAAAAGUCAUUUAAAGAACCAGUUAGUGCUUCCUUAACCAUGAACAGUAUUCCCUCACCAGUCCCAAUGGCAAGCCCUCCAAGAGGUGAUCCCCAUAAAGAUAUUAAUUUAACACUUGUUAAUCUGGAUUCAUCUGCGACUCUUAUUUCUGAUUAUAAAUUAAGUCAAGAUAUUGAACCUGACUUUGCUAAAGGGCAAAUUUCUCUCCUAGAGGAAUCGUCUCUCUCCUCGUCUACUCCUCAUCUUGCUGGUAAAAAGAAGCCUGGAAGAUCCAAACGGCCUCCUCUUUCAGCUCUUGACUUAGAUCCUUAUGCAGAAAAAAACACUCUCCCUGCUACUGUAGCAGAAUUGUCAAAAAGUGCUUUAGGCAAAGAGCUGUUUCUUGAUAAGCCUGAUGCAGUGUCUGGAAUUAAAGACCCUGAAGCUGAACCACUUGAUUUUAGGAACGAGGUGCAACCUGAUACUAUAAGUUAUGAUGCCAUAAACCAGAAAGUUCCAUUAAAAGAGUUGGAAAAUAAGUGGAAUAAGGAGUUAAAGGAAGAGGAAGAAAUUCUAAAACCGAAGAAACCGAGGAACUGGAAGUUAAAAAAGCGGUUAGAAGAAAUCUCUACUAUUCCUUCUCCAGAAUAUUCCCCACCUCGGUCUCACUUCAAGCCUCGCUCAGAAUUUGAAGAGAUGACUAUUCUUUAUGACAUAUGGAAUGCAGGAAUUGACGAUGAAGAUGUCAAGUAUAUGUGCAUUACAUAUGAAAGGCUGCUGCAGCAAGACAAUGGCAUGGACUGGCUCAAUGACACUUUAUGGGUCUUUCAUCCUCCAACCAGUGUUUAUUCUCCCAAGAAAAAGAAACGAGAUGAUGGUUUACGGGAACAUGUGACAGGGUGUGCCCGUAGUGAGGGAUACUAUAAAAUUGAUAAGAAAGACAAAUUGAAAUACCUCAACGACAGUCGAUCUUUUGCAGAUGAGCCUCCUAUUGAUACCCAGGGAAUGAGUAUCCCAGCUCAGCCUCAUGCCUCAACCCGAGCAGGCUCGGAGAGAAGGUCAGAACAGCGGCGUCUGCUUUCUUCCUUUACUGGGAGCUGUGACAGUGAUCUGCUCAAAUUCAAUCAGUUGAAGUUUCGUAAGAAAAAGUUGCGUUUCUGCAAGAGCCAUAUACAUGACUGGGGUCUUUUUGCUAUGGAGCCAAUUGCUGCUGAUGAGAUGGUCAUAGAGUAUGUGGGACAAAACAUCCGACAGGUAAUAGCAGAUAUGCGUGAGAAACGAUAUGAGGAUGAAGGAAUUGGGAGCAGUUACAUGUUCCGAGUUGACCACGACACCAUCAUUGAUGCCACCAAAUGUGGGAAUUUUGCCCGCUUUAUUAAUCACAGCUGUAAUCCUAACUGUUACGCAAAAGUCAUCACUGUGGAGGCUCAGAAGAAGAUUGUCAUCUACUCCAAACAAUAUAUUAAUGUGAACGAAGAGAUAACAUACGAUUACAAGUUCCCCAUAGAAGAUGUCAAGAUCCCUUGUCUUUGCGGAGCAGAGAACUGCAGAGGGACACUAAAUUAAAGGCCUCUUCUUAUCACACCUUUCAGCCAUGUUGGACUGCAGGUUAUAGGUGUAAGUUGCACUUUUGCCAAAAAAUUAAAAAGAUUUCGCACUUCUCUUGGGCUUGUGAGCAGCAAGAGCACAUGUACAUUAGGAUAUUGUUUCAGAUUGUAAGGACCCUGGUGCUCUUUCUUCAAUGAGAAAUUAAAAGGUGAUCACCACUCAGUGGCACAGAAUAAAUGUAUGUUUAAAAAAAAAAAAAAAAAAAAAAAAAAACAACACUAUCUCCUGUCUGAUACCCACAUUGUUCACCUUUGGGUGUAAAACGGUACCUUCUAUUUUUUCCAUGAAUGCUGCUAGCUUCCUCAUCGAACGGUCACCAUAAAUGUGAAGAGGAAAUGUUGUAUUGGUAUCCACUGGGAAUGCCCCUCGGCUUUCCAAAGGGACUCUUUUCUUAGUGGAGAAGUAAGCUUUUGCUUGGCCAGUUGUAUUUUUCUUUUCUUUUUUUUUCUUCUAUCUUCCAAAGCACCCGAAUCCAAUGCUCUGCUCUGCUUUCCUCCUUUUUCCAAAGUGUAGAAUGAUCAAAAUAAUUUGUUUUCAAUUGAACGUGAGUGUGUGUGUGUGUAUGUGUUUCUUUUGUUAUGGUCUUAUUAUGGGAUUUUGUCAUCCUUUUUGAGGCAUCCAUUUCAAUAUUUUCACUAUCAGAGGUGGCAUAUUUUUUUACAUUAGAGCCUUUUACUUUCUUUUAUUAGAAGAAUAAUUGGUUUUCAGAUGAAAAGUUCAAUAACCUGAAACCCUGCACUUCUAAGGAAACUUUUCAUAAUGCACUGCAGCCUCCUAACAGUAAGGUUCUAGUAACCUUUUAUUAAUGCAACAAUUUAAUUUUAUCAGACCCAAGGCUGUUGUGCUAACUUUAAAAAUAUCCAUUAGUGAGAAGCUAUAAUUAUAUAUCAUGAUUAUAUAUUUUGCUACUCUCUAGUCUAGAGCUGUAGUUGCUCAUCUAAUGUUUAUUUUUGACAUACUAUUUCCAAGUGCAGCACAAACAAAAACAUUUCCUCAUUUUGAAGCAGUAUCCUUCUAAUAUCCUUAUGCUUUAACUUUUUGGCCAUGUAACUUAAGAUUACCAAUUCUAUAUAAAGAAGUUUAAAAUGAUGGCUUCGUGUUAGAUGCAGUCUAUACAUAGUGGAUUCUUUUAUUUUUAAACUGCAUAACCUAAUAUGCAAAAAUUAAGGCAAUUAUUCUCCAUUAACCAGGCCAUCCUAUUCUGUUAGUUGACUUGAGCAUGAAUUAAAUUAUUCUUUUUAUUUAUUUAUAAUUUUUAUUUGUAUUUUUUAACACCAGCCUUCCAAUAAAGUUGCAAUCAUCCAUGUCCUACAUGUUUUGAAAAUCAUGCAAUCAAUCAAGGAAGUUGUUAUGCAAAUGAAAUAACAGAAAAAAAACUGAAAACAUAUAUUUUUCAGUGG